CAGUUUAAGGAUUUAAAAUAAUGCUUGAUCAGCAUAUGUUGACUGAAUCUAAUCCAAGACAAGCCAUGCACUGGAGACCCUUUGUGAUUUGAUGUAUUUAGCCCUUUGGGGCAAAAAACUAGAGGUUAGAUUUAGUUUAGAUAGUCACUGCGCCUUUAAUAUUUGCCAGGACUGUAUGGGUUGUGUUAUGGACAGCGUGAUUGAAUUAUGUUUAUGUAGUUAAACACCAAAUGCAUUUAAGGAAUCAGUAGUUGCACGAAUAUUCCAGCAAAAUAAUCCUCAGAGAGCUCAAUACCGAGAGCAUAUGGACACUGGAGAGCAGUCUUGAUAUUUCUUAUGGACUCGUACACACCAAGGUGCACUCGAUCACUAUCCAAUCUUUCUAUCGGAUUAUGGAUUUAUUUCUCAUGUGCGACAGUCAUGCGCUCAGCAUGCGUUUUCUUCUGCAAGAUGUUUCAGCGCGUGUCUCUUCCUGAUUAACUUGACAAUUACAAGCAACGACCCGAGAGCUGCCAUUCUGUUCGCUUUUACAUCUACAUCAACGAAAUGAGUAGGAACUUGCUGCUUUAGCAGGUGACACUUUCUCAAAAACACUGACAGCAGAUGAGGGCGAAACUUUUGUGUUGCUGUUUCCAUGCGUGACAAUCCCACAAGGACAUAAAGGAGUAAUUAUGCCCUUAAGAAAACGAGACACAGCCAGGGCAAUAUGCCUCCUGGAGGACUACUGCUCCAAACUGAAGAAACCAGAGGAACAACAGCUCAAAACUGCCAUCUUAAGAGUCAUGGGCAUUUUCAAAAGCAGUCUUUUCCAGGCUCUCGUAGACAUCCAGGAGUUUUAUGAACUGACCCUGCUGAACUCUCAGAAGAGCUGUGAGCAGAAGCUGGUGGAGGUGAAUCACAUGGCUGAGCAGUGGAAACAAACUGCCACCAACUCAACCUCACCCACAGAGGGUCCGCAGCCAGCCUCCAUACCGCCAGAGCUGAGAGAAGAGAGUCACAUGGAGCUGACAGUUGAGGAGCCUGCCGCAGGAAGCACCGAUACAGAGAACAGGCCUCCGGCAGUACAGGGCUCCCAGCAACAAAGCCAAUCUCCAGCAUGUAUGAACCCAGCCCUGAUGAGCUCCCCUUGGUACCGGUAUCAGGAUGAAGAUUCCCCUCCUCCGGAUCAUGGCUUUCCUCGGCUCACCAAUGAAGUUCGAGCCCCAGAGCUGGUGCACGUAUCGGAGAAGAACCUCUCAGAAAUUGAGAAUGUGCAUGGCUACGUUUCCCACACUCACAUUUCACCACUUAAGCCUGCGCUGGUUACCCGUUUUGAUCUAACAUACCCGGGGGUGACCGCAGCAAACUACCUGGCAAGUCCUGCCCCAAUUAUUGUCAACACGGACACUUUGGAAUCUGUACCAUACGUAAAUGGGACAGAAAUUGAAUAUGAAUUUGAAGAGAUUACAUUAGAGCGGGGUAACUCAGGGUUGGGGUUUAGUAUAGCAGGUGGAACAGAUAACCCUCACAUCGGCGAUGAUCCUGGGAUCUUCAUCACAAAGAUCAUCCCUGGAGGAGCGGCGGCUGAAGAUGGCAGACUCAGAGUGAAUGACUGUAUUUUGCGUGUGAACGACGCAGAUGUCUCGGAGGUGUCUCACAGUAAGGCAGUGGAGGCUCUGAAAGCGGCCGGAUCGAUUGUGAGGCUCUAUGUGCGCAGGAGGAGACCAAUGCUGGAAACCGUCACCGAAAUCAAACUCAUAAAAGGACCAAAAGGGCUUGGCUUCAGUAUUGCAGGUGGUGUGGGAAACCAGCACAUCCCGAGUGAUAACACAUUCUCACCCGCUAUGGAAAAUCAUAUCUCUUCCCCUGGUAAUAACGGCACUCUGGAAUAUAAGUCCAGUCUUCCGCCCAUCUCCCCUGGCCGAUAUUCCCCCCUGCCCAAGCACUUGCUGGGGGAAGAGGACAUUAACAGUACCCCCUCUCCCCAUCUCUACUCCCCCGUGGAGUUUGAUAAAAGCCCCAUGCACUCAAUCCCCCACUUCCCUCACUAUCACGUAGGCCUGCUCCCUGACGCCGAGAUCACCAGGGAGCCCAGGAAGAUCGUUCUGCACAAGGGCUCGACUGGACUGGGCUUCAACAUCGUAGGAGGAGAAGAUGGAGAAGGCAUUUUCGUCUCCUUCAUACUUGCAGGAGGGCCCGCGGAUCUCAGCGGAGAGCUGCGUAGAGGAGACCAGAUCCUAUCCGUUAAUGGAAUCGAUCUGCGAGGUGCCACUCAUGAACAAGCUGCAGCUGCGCUGAAAGGAGCGGGUCAGACGGUAACCAUCAUCGCCCAAUACCGGCCCGAGGAACUUGCCCUGUGCUCCCCACGCCGGGCCCCGCCACCAACUGCAGAAUACGGGCGUUUCGAGGCCAAGAUUCAUGACUUACGAGAGCAGAUGAUGAACCACAGCAUGAGUUCUGGGUCGGGAUCCCUCAGAACCAAUCAAAAACGGUCGCUCUAUGUCAGGGCUCUGUUUGACUAUGAGAGGGCAAAGGAUAGUGGUCUUCCCAGUCAGGGUCUCAGUUUCCGAUAUGGAGACAUUCUCCAUGUUAUCAAUGCAUCUGAUGAUGAGUGGUGGCAGGCCAGGAGAGUGACGCUCGAAGGGGACAGUGAGGAGAUGGGCGUCAUCCCCAGCAAGAGGAGGGUGGAAAGAAAAGAGAGAGCUCGUCUGAAGACGGUUAAAUUCAACUCAAAACCCGGUAGCCUCGAUUCUAAAGGGUCAUUCAGUGAAAAACGUAGAAAGAACUUCAUCUUUUCACGCAAGUUCCCUUUCUACAAGAACAAGGACGCUGACGAGCAAGACGGCAGUGACUCGGAACGGAGUCAAGAGGAACUGAUUCUCUCAUAUGAGCCCGUCAUCAGACAAGAGAUUAAUUAUGCCAGACCGGUUAUAAUCUUGGGGCCCAUGAAGGAUAGAAUCAACGAUGACCUCAUUUCCGAGUUUCCGGACAAGUUUGGAUCAUGUGUGCCACCGGCUAACAGUUCUGAUCAAGAAGAUACUACCAGACCAAAGCGGGAUUAUGAAGUGGAUGGGAGAGAUUAUCACUUUGUGUCCUCACGAGAGCAGAUGGAGAAAGACAUCCAAGAGCACAAGUUCAUCGAGGCUGGACAGUACAAUGACAAUCUGUAUGGAACCAGUGUACAGUCUGUCAAAUAUGUGGCUGAGAGGGGAAAGCACUGCAUACUUGACGUGUCUGGGAAUGCGAUAAAACGACUACAAGUAGCACAACUCUACCCCAUUGCCAUCUUUAUAAAGCCUAGAUCCAUCGAGUCCUUAAUGGAGAUGAAUAAGAGGUUGACGGAGGAACAGGCCAAAAAGACGUACGACCGUGCCAUGAAACUGGAGCAGGAGUUUGGCGAGUAUUUCUCAGCGCUGGUUCAAGGAGACACACUAGAGGACAUUUAUAACCAGUGUAAGAUGGUGAUAGAAGAACAGUCUGGACCUUACAUCUGGAUUCCCUCAAAAGAAAAACUAUAAAAAAAAAUCACCUUACCCUGGCAGGGACCUUGGACUGGAGAAAAAAAACACACAUAGGAAUAAUUUGUAAUAUAAUAUAAAUUAUUAUUAUGGCAAUGUUUAUUGUUAUCUCUUACAGUGUUUUUUUCCAGUUUGUUUGUUUGUUUAUUUUACAUUGCAUUUUUCACUUUCAAUAUGAAUGUUCCUGAAUGUACGCCACAAAGUGUUAGAAGCAUUUUUGGUCUCAACAAAAAAUAUUUAUUGGUUAGCAUUUUAAUUUAAAGAAAAAAAGGAAACCAAAUUUAGCGCUGAGUAUUCUUCUUCAAACAAUCUUCGGUUGGGAUUUCGAGCAAAAGGUCAGAGUAGGUCAGAUCAUCACGGAUGAUUUCCACACCCCAUCACCACCUCCAAGAAAACAAAAAUCUAUGUUGAUAUCAGCUUGCUUCACUUUUCACCCAAUCGGUUGGUUUCACACAUCUCAUUUCACAAACUCUCUAGCAUCUGUGCACUCCUGUGGCUAACAGCACACACACAUUGAUUGUGUUGCUUUUCGUUGUAUUAUUUUGUUAAUUUUGUUUUGUACAGACUUGUUUGUUUUGAAAGAUUUCGUUCCAAUUGUACGUUAUUUCUAAUGGAUCCUUUCAGAAAAGAAUCUUGUGAUUUUAAGAUGCUUUAGUUAAUGUAAAUGGAUAAGGGGAUUCAACUAGCUUUAGGAAAUAUGACACUAUAUUUUGCUAUUUAUAUUGAUAGAGGACACAACAGCACAGAAAAUAUUUAUAAAGAUGGUAUAUAACUUUGUCUAAAAAUCAUUUUGGAAAAGAGAUUUUACUGGUACUGGUGUAUCAUAUUGCGUCGUCGCUGUUGUGUUGGUGAGAAUGAAAGGUAAUGAGCGCAUGUUUUCCCUGAACAAAACUCCCCCUUAUCCAUCCAGUUCCGGAAUCCGCUAAUUCUAAACCGACAAGAGUUCUGAAAUUCUUGGAACUCAACUUUAAUUGGCUGAGGAUUCUACUGAAUGGGAAUUGAGUGUGUUUCAGCUGUGUUCAGAUAACAGGAAGGAGCCUGAUGUUUGCGAAUCAUUCGUUGAAGUGUUGUUCGGCCUCCCUUGAGCACCCUCUAAAGUGUUUACAGUACCUCAACUAGAAAUGAGGGCCAAAGGGACAAGGUCUGCAAGAGGUCUUGCUUUUCUAUAAAUGUGUAGUGGAUCAUUUUAGUUUUUUUUUUUCAUUUUGGCAUGCACUUAUGAACAUGACCUUGGCUUCCUGUCCACACAUUCAUGCCGCAUACUUAUGUCAUUUGUGCCCUUUCCAUGUAUAGUUGAGAGAUAUUCCCGUCCUUGUACAUUAAUUGUAAAGCUCUCACCAUUUGUGGAAACUACAAAUGCCAAAAGCCAUUGACUCUGCUCACUCGUUUCAAAUGCGGUGGGAAUUAUUUGUUGCAAUAUUUAUUGGGAGAUGAUACAGCACGGUUCUGUGGCAAGAGUCUUUUGACCUACUGGUCACCACUUGCCUUAAAAAAAAGGGAAGAGGCUUUUUGGGCCAAAUAGAAAUUUUUUACACUUUCUUGAAGACUGAGCACUUUUGUACAUUUGAGAAAUUAUUCACAGAUUGUGUUCAACCAGAUGGUGGACACAGAGGGGGAUUUUCAGAAGAGGGAAACUGAAUAUCACAGUGAAGCUCUUAAUGGUGUAAUAUGAAACUUCUUUGAAUAACAAUAGAUCCUGUAUAUGUUAUUACGACAGUGUAAACCAUGGAUGGCAACAGUGACUUGAUCAAUCAGAAUAUAAAUUGAACAUUUUAAAUGCUGUGAAAUAAUUUUUUCUCUUCUAAACGUGCAGUUUUUUCUCCUUAUUCAAUGUGCUUGUGAUUGAUCAUCUGUAGCAUAUCAUUUUAUUAAUUUAGUAAUGCAGACAAUGGAUCAUGAAAGUAUCUCACAGGAUUUUGUGUACCCUUUUUGUUACGAAUAUUUGCAUUUAAAUCUGUUGGUAUUAUUCGGUAAUCAAAAGUGAAUCUCAAAUGAUGCUGUAGCUUUAGUGAAAAUCAAAACCCUGCAGUUUGUACGCACUUGAACGAGGGUUUUCGGAGCCUUAUGGUGCUCAUAGUCUGAUUUGGUCCAUUAAUUCCAAGUGAAUGUUCAGCUUAGUCAAAUGUGCUGAAAUGGGGUUGUUUUUGUCUCAGGGUUGCCAGAUAGGGCUUAAUCACUGAUAUUAAACCUUCGGAUCAGAGUGCAUCUGUUUACCAUUCAAAUCUCAAAUGUUUUAUUCCUGAUACCUGCGUUGCAUUUAGUCUAUUCCUUUGUUCUGGAGCGUCUGUGUCUGA